AUGGAAAAGUUGCUUGCACGCUACGGUGUCACUCAUCGUUUAUCUACCGCAUAUCAUCCACAAACGAGUGGACAAGUGGAGAAUGCGAAUCGCGGUAUUAAACGAAUCCUAGAGAAAACCGUUGGUAAGAAUAGAAAAGAUUGGACCGACAAGCUAGACGAUGCUUUGUGGGCGUUUAGAACCGCCUACAAGACCCUGUUAGGAACUACACCUUUCAUGAUCGUUUACGGGAAAGCUUGUCAUCUCCCCGUCGAGUUAGAGCAUAGGGCGCUUUGGGCUUUGAAAACCGUUAACUUAGAUAUGACCGAAGCCGCUAGGAAGCAUUUCUUCCAAAUUCAUGAGCUUGAGGAGCUUAGAGAUACGGCAUAUGCUCGAUCGUUGGGAAUAAAGGAGAAAACGAAGUUGUUGCAUGAUAAGAGGUUGAGGAAAGUGAAAGAAUUUAGCAAGGGUGAUAAAGUACUUCUGUACAACUCACGGUUGAAGCUUUUUGCGGGUAAGUUGAAGUCGAAGUGGUCGGGACCUUUUAUGGUUCAUUACGUGUUUCCGUAUGGAGCGGUGGAAAUCAUGGAUGAAAAGGAUGGCCGUAGUUGGAAGGUGAACGGCCAUCGUUUGAAGCACUACCUUGGAGGAGCGAUAAACAAGGAUGAUAGGGAGGUAACCCCUCUCGAAAUCCCACCUAAAGCCGCCAAUUAG